AUGGCUUCCGAAACGCGACACUCAAGUGACAACCAUGGUGUCUUAGUCACCGAUGACGGAGAAAAAGAAUACGCGGAUCGCCAAGAACCAGAUCUUGAAGACGAUGGAUCUUUCACAGAAAGAGAGCGUGACGAAGAGGAAAACGGCGAGCCCGACAUAGAGACAUUGGCAUCAAACUCACAACGGCCUGCAGACGACCAUCUUACACUCGAGCUUACCCCUAGCCAUAUACCGCCUCCUCAAUCGUUGCUUGUCGAGAUCCCCUUGAUCUUCACGCUAUGCCUCGCCCAGCUGCUAGCUCAGGCCGGACUGGGCCAAUGCAUUGCCCCAUUACACAUCAUUGGCGACACCUUUGGCACGCAAGAUGCAGGGCAACUUAGCUGGAUGCCUGCGGCCUACAGUCUUACCGUGGGCACCUUCAUCCUGAUUGCAGGCCGCCUCGGUGAUCUAUUCGGCCACAAGAUCAUCUUUGUCAUUGGCUUCUCCUGGUAUGCCCUCUGGAGUCUGUUGGCUGGUGUCAGCGUCUGGUCUUCGUCCAUCAUCUUCUUCGAUGUCUGCAGAGCUUUCCAGGGCAUGGGCCCUGCAUUCGCCGUGCCUUCGGCAGUGGCCAUCAUCGGCCGCACAUAUCCACCGGGCAGGAGAAAGGCGAUGAUUUUCAGCAUGUUUGGUGCCACAGCCCCAGGAGGUUUCACCGUCGGCGCCGUCUUUUCGUCAAUCUUUGCUGAAUUUGUUUGGUGGCCUUGGGCGUACUUUGUCAUGGCCAUGGUCUGCGUUCUUGUCGCAGCUGCCGGUGUCCUGAUCAUCCCAAAAACUCCUGGUGCCGCAAAUGCUCGAUCCCAGGCACGACUAUGGGAGCUCAUCGACGUCCCCGGCGCUGCUGCCGGUAUCACUGGACUCGUUCUAAUCAACUUUGCCUGGAACCAAGCUCCCGUCGUUGGAUGGCAUACUCCGUAUGUCUAUGUACUCCUCAUCGUCGGCUUCCUCUUUCUGGGCGUGUUUGCAUGGAUCGAGGUCCAUGCGACAUUCCCACUGUUGCCGACAAAGCUGUUCAGCGGCCAUCUGGGCUUCGUAUUGGCUUGCAUCGCCGCCGGAUGGUCCAGCUUUGGCAUCUGGUUGCUCUAUCUUUGGCAAAUCAUGGAGCUGAUAAGAGGCCAAAGUCCUCUCGUGUCCAGUGCUCAGUUCAGCACGGUGGCCGUCUCCGGAGCGUGCGCAGCUUUUACGACUGGCCUCAUUCUCGGAAAAGUAAGACCGAGCAUGGUCAUGGGUAUGGCGAUGACAGCGUUUACCGUUGGUGGGAUUUUGGUAGCAACAAUGCCUGCUCAUCAAAUAUACUGGGCUCAGACAUUUGUUUCCAUCCUUGUCAUGCCGUGGGGAAUGGACAUGUCGUUUCCCGCCGCCACGAUUAUCCUGAGCGAGGCUCUACCGAAAGAACAUCAAGGUCUUGCCGCUUCUCUCGUCAACACCGUCAUCAACUACUCCAUUUCCAUUGGCCUCGGCAUCGCAGGCACGGUACAAUCACAGAUCAGCCCCGGAACUACACAGGAAGAGCUUCUGAGGGGCUGUAGAAGCGCAUUUUACGUUGGGAUUGGCCUUAGCGGGCUUGGCGUGGCGGUUGCCAUCCUGUUUAUCAUCGACGAGAAUAGGAGGCAUGUCCGAGAACGUCGCCGGGGAGAGAAAUGA